AUCAUCAAGAGGAUGAGAACUUCCAGAAGCUAUUCAUUGCGCCAUGCAAAGUUAGGGAGCCUGAGGAAAGAAGAGAGAGAUUUUGGAAUCCAGAGGGAAGAAAGACUGAUAUGCACGAGCAGCCCAGAGAAGGAAAAAGAAAAUCCUCCAUUUCUCAGGAUGUAGAUUAUAAAUCAAAGGGAUACGGCUUCAUCCAGUCAGGAUCAAAAUGGUGUCAAGGCAUGGACCCUGGAAAAUAUUUCAGCAAUUUUUCGGAUCAAAGCAGCAGCAAAGGGGAGAAGCCAUGUAAAUGUGUGGUAUGCGAGAAGAGCUUCAUUUUUAGUUCUAGUCCUGCUUUACAUCAAAGAACUAAGAGAGUAGAGAAGCCAUUUAAAGGCAUGCAAUGUAGAAAGGGUUUCAGUCAGAAAAGGGGUCUUAGGCUGUAUCAAAGCAUUCACUCAGGAUUGAAACCAUAUAAAUGCAUGGAGUGUGCCAAGAGGUUUAGUCAGAAGGAGGACCUUAGGCUGCAUCAAGGUAUGCACACAGGGGAUAAACCAUAUAAAUGUGUGGAAUGUGGAAUGAGUUUCAGUUGGAAAGAGCCCUUUAAGCAGCAUAAAAAUAUUCAUAUAGAAGAAAAGCUUUGUAAGUGCAUAGAAUGCGGAAAGUGCUUCCUUCAGAAAGGGGACCUUAGACGCCAUCAGAGAACUCACACAGGUGAGAAGCCAUAUAAAUGUAUGGAAUGUGGAAAGAGCUUCAGUCAGAAAGGGAAUCUUAGCUAUCAUCAAAAAACUCACACAGGGGAGAAACCAUAUAUAUGCAUGGAGUGUGGAAAGAGCUUCCGUCAGAAAUGGGGUCUUCGGUUGCACCAAAGACCUCACACAGGAGAGAAGCCAUAUAUAUGCAUGGAGUGUGGAAAGAGCUUCCGUCAGAAAUGGGGUCUCCGCUUGCAUCAAAGAACUCACACAGGGGAAAAGCCAUAUAAAUGCAUAGAAUGUGGAAAGGGGUUCAGUCGGAAAGGUUGCCUAAGACUGCACCACAGGUUUCACACUGGGGAUAAGCCAUAUAAAUGCAUAGAGUGUGGUAAAAUCUUCAGUUCAAAAGGGUCCUUUAAACAGCAUAAAAAUAUCCAUACAGGGCAGAAGCCGUAUAAAUGUAGAGAGUGUGGGAAAAGCUUCAAUAGGAAAGGGAACCUUUUUCAGCAUCAGAGGACUCAUGCAGGAGAGAAAUCGUAUACCUGCAAUGAGUGUGGAAAGACCUUCAAUCGGAAAGGCAAUCUUAGGCUGCAUGAACGAAUUCACACAGGAGAGAAGUUGUAUAUAUGCAAGGAGUGUGGAAAGAGCUUCCAUCAGAAAUGGGAACUCCAGCUGCAUCAAAGAACUCACACAGGGGAGAAACUAUAUAAAUGUAUGGAGUGUGGAAAGACCUUUCAUCAGAAAUGGGAACUUCAGUUGCAUCAGAGGACCCACACAAGGGACAAAAUACAUAAAUGUAUGGAGUGUGGAAAGAGUUUCAGUCAUAGUGGGUCUCUUACUGCCCAUCAGAGAACUCACACAGGGGAGAAGCCUUAUAAAUGUGUGGAGUGUGGAAAGAGCUUCAGUCAGAAAGGGAAUCUUUGGCGGCAUCAAAGAACUCAUACAGGGGAGAAACCAUAUAAAUGUUUGGAGUGUGGAAAAAUGUUCAGUCAGAAGCAGUCUGUAGCGCUCCAUCAAAAUGUCCACAAGAGAGCAAACAAAAUGCAUGGCGUGUGGAAUGAGCUUCUGUCAUAAAUGGAUCUUUAGGCAACAUCAAAAUAUUUACACAGGAGAGAAACUACAUAAAUGCAUAGAAUAUGGAAAAGUAGCUCCUUAGGUGGCAUUCAAGAACUCACAAAGGAAAGAAGUCACAUACAUGAAUGCUCCCUUCAUACAGUAACUUUGCAAAAAUAACUACAAACGAGGCGGAUUGGACAAUUGUAAUCCAGAUGAGAUCUGCAAACCUCUAGAUAUUACUACACUACUACUCUCCCAAUUCUUUAGUAUUGCCAAAACUGGCUGGGAUUGAUAGGAGCUAGAAUGCAACCACAUCUGGAGACCCACAUGGUUCCCCACCACACCUGAACAGAAGCCGAAAUCAGAUUUGGACUCUAGCCUCUUCUUUUUGUCUUACUUGAAAGUUUUAGGAUAUACUGCCUUUCGGACUGAAUGUGUACCCUGUCUUUUCCUUUUUUCCCCCUCCUAAGUGGAUUUUUUAAAACAUGAUUUCUGCUUAAAUAUUAUAGUGGUUCAUUUCUAAAGUGAAUAAAUAUUUGAAUGACUCUGAAUAAUAUUUCUUUAGCUUUUGCAAAGUCUUCAGUCUUGUAGGUCACACUUUUGCAAUUGGAAAAUAGGAAAACUCAGAGUAAUUUCUUGUCGCAUUAAAAGUUUAAGGAUAUCCCUAGCCAACGUGACUUGAUGGG